AACGCAGCUUCUCCUCCACCUCAGAUGAGGGGUAGAAAGAGAUAAGAUGGGAUGGACGCUUUCCAACGGAUGAACAUGUCUUCAUCCAACACUCAUGACUGAAUUUGUAAUUUUCAUCGUUGUUUGAGUACGAAAAUCAUAUAAACAUGUCAGACACUGUCAACGCUGCAGCCGAAGCUUUGAGGGCUAAGCAGAAGCCUCUUAAGGAUUCAUACAGAACAAAUCCUUCGGCAGCGCUUGUCACGCUGUCCUCGUCAGGAUCUCUUGACCCUACAUCGACAAGCCUCACAUGUUCACUUUCGACCGCCUCUGCAGCAAAGAAGGUUGCUGGCCUCCAUCGAGCUGCUGGAGGUGAAGGCUUUGACGCCUCUGGAGAGCUAUGCUCAGGGGAUAUGCUGCUGGAAUCAUUGGUGGCAUGUUAUGGGGUCACUGUACGCGCUGUGGCGACUAGUAUGGGCAUCAAACUUAACGGUGGCACUGUCACUGUAGAGGGCGACCUGGACUUUCGCGGAACGAUGGGUGUCAAGGACCCAGACGGCAAUUCUGUGCCAGUGGGUUUCAAAAAGAUUCGCCUUCUGGUUCAACUCGAGGCAGACGAUGACGAUAAACCAAAGCUGGACAAAUUAGUGUCUUUGAGUGAACGCUACUGCGUUGUUCUACAGACAUUGAAAGGAGUUGACGUCGAAACCAAGCUGGGAAGUGGUUGAGCUACCCUCCUCGACGCAUAAGGAAUCGAUACCGACAACCAAUAACACCGGCUUUGAAGGUGUUGCUGUCGAUGAGGAGAGUUUGGCAUUGAGCACGACCUUCCUGGAGGUCCUAAGUGGAACUAGAUACAUUCAAAGGCAUGCACAUUUCGACCUUGCGAAUUUCAUGGCUCUAGUUAUCAUUCCAAUGCAGGAAUCACAACUCAAUCGUCCGAUUGCGAACGCCAUCUUUCUGGAUUCAGUGUUCUUUAGACUGAUUUCCACUGUCGCUUGCCCAUCUCUUUCCAGACUCGCGAAUUGGAAGAUUCGCAUGAUGAAUGUAUUGUGCUCCUCGGUCUCUCAUCUCUUGCUCCAGAUUUUCCUUGUCCGUUUCCGAGUUUCUGCGCUCCGCCAUCGCCGCUAACCAUUGUGGUGUCUUCCGCAUAGCUUCGAGACCGGGUGUCAUUCCGCUUCCAAAGAUAAUCUGUCGCACUAGAUCUGACAACGGUUCUUCCUCGGGGUGUGAGAAAGCACGAUUUGCUGGUGUGGACGCUCGACCAG